AUGAUGCAUUUUAGGAAGAAAUCUGGGCUAUCUACCCACUCAGAUGAAAAACGUCACUCAAAGGUAGAAGUCUCUAAAGAAGAUGCUGAAAGAUUAAAAGUUAGAACAGCUUCUGUUAAUGAUCCCAUUCUAGAUGCUGUUCAAGAAGCUCAACCAUUCGAACAAGCUGCUGAUACUUUUCAUGAUAAUAUGAAUAGACAAUCAUAUUUCUCUAAUGAUGGUACCAAUGUCCUGACUGAUGUCUUUGGUCAAACUAUUAAUCAACCUGACAUUUCUAAUCCAACUAGAGCUAGAGAUGAAAGACCACUAGAUACAAUUAGAAGUUUUGAAUAUGCUGUAUCGGGUGAUCCAUAUUGGUCUCAACAAUUAGAAACUCCACAAUAUGGGUUUAAUGUUAGACCUGAUUUCCCAUUGGCUCAACCAUUUGAAACAAAUCCAUAUGGCCAACAGCAACAACAACAAGCAGUAUACCAACCACCUCAACCACCUGCUGAUGAUGGUAAGAAAAAGAAGAAGAGAAACUGGUUCGGUAAAAAGAAGAAGAAUUGA